AUGCCGCUAACAAACGCAGAAAGAUUACGAAGAUUCAGAGACAAGUUAAAAGCUGAUCCUGUAAGAUAUAACGAACACAAAAAGAAAGAGAGAAAGCGAUACCAUGAUAACAAAGUGGAUGGGACAGUUAAACUUAUUAAUGAGAAAACAGAAAGGGCACAGAGACAACAAAGAAAAAAAUGGAGAGGAUACAAAAGAACUCAAAGACAAAAAUUAAAAGAUGUUGAGCAACAGUUAACACCACCUAUCUCGCCUGUUGGUGAUGGCCCGCCUGAUGCACAAUUCGUGUUUCCUUCAUGUUCCCGUCAAAAAAUUCAAUCUAAUAAGAAGAGAAACCGAGAGAAAGCUAAAGUAUAUAGAGAUAAUCGAAUACUAGAGAAGAAACUUGAAAAUGCAAGUAGAACCAUAGAGAGACUAAAAAAGAGAUUGGCGCGUUCAACAAAUAAAGUAAAUUUCCACGAAGUAAGACAAGAAAAUUGCUAA